UGAUUCGACUCGCACAACUCGCCAGCGCACGUUUCGAAUCCCCGACGAACAUUCACACCGAACAAACCGUCAAACCCGAUCAAAACUCGCCCAUCAUGAAGCUUCACUACAUUGGCAUCCUCCGCAACGAUACGCAGCCCGCACACGAACUCGUCGCCGAGAAGGAGCUGAGCGCAUACUCGCGCUUCACACGCCAAAACUAUGGCGAAUUCAUGACCCUCUUCGCAAAGACCGUCGCCGAGCGCACCCGUCCCGCCCAACGACAAGACGUCGAAGAACAAGACUACACCUUCCACGCCUACGGCCGCACCGAGGGCAUCUGCGGCAUCAUCAUCUCGGACCACCAGUACCCCGCCCUCGUCGCGCACCAGCUCCUCAGCAAGGUCGUCGACGAGUUCCUCGCCAAGCACCCGCGCUCCUCGUGGGCCACCGGCGAGCCCGUCCUGCCCUUCCCCGAGCUCAGGGACUACCUCGCCAAGUACCAGGACCCCCAGCAGGCCGACAGCAUCAUGAAGAUCCAGAAGGAGCUCGACGAGACCAAGAUUGUGCUGCACAAGACGAUUGAGAGCGUCCUGCAGAGGGGGGAGAAGAUUGACGAUUUGGUGGCUAAGAGUGAUGGGCUGAGUGCGCAGAGCAAGAUGUUUUAUCAGCAAGCAAAGAAGCAGAAUUCCUGCUGCGUAUUGAUGUAGAGGUUCUUUUAUAUGGCGUUGCAUACGGUCAUGUUUUCUUCAGCAAUGAAUGGGCUGUUUGUUUUAUCGAAAGAUUGGUUAUCAAAGACAGAAUCGCAAACAUACCUACCUUACCUUAUCUUUCCCAUCUCUAAUACAUAUA